ACCCCUCUAGCUACAUGAUCGAUGGUAGAAUGUCAGAAACCCAAACUCAGUGGAGGAAAAGAAAGCUAACCCUAGCUAACUCCUCUAUAUAAGAAGCCGAAAGCCGAGCUCUUUCAUCACCAAAAUCAUUCUCUCUCCCACACACAUCCUCUUUGCUACAUGAAUCAUAACAGCCUUUCUUUCUAAUUCUAGCUUGCUUGCCUUUUUCUAGUAAGGAACUGAUCAUCAUCAUCGAUCCUACUGUUUUCUAAGGGAGUAAAUUAAUGGAGCAGAGAAAGGUAGCAGAAGUACCAAAAGAUCAGGCUGACCAGGAGAAAUGGGUUCAUGACUCUUCUGUGGAUCUUAAAGGAAGAGUUCCUGUUCGUGCCAAAACUGGUGUCUGGAAGGCCUCCAGAUUUAUUAUUGCAAUCGAGUUCAGUGAGAGGUUAAGUUACUUUGGAAUUGCAACCAGCUUAAUCCUUUACCUAAGCAAGGUACUUCAUCAAGAUCUUCAGACAGCAGUCAAGAGCGUGAAUUACUGGUCCGGUGUUACCACUCUGAUGCCACUGUUGGGAGGAUUCAUAGCUGAUGCUUACUUAGGCAGAUUCUCUACAGUGCUUGUGUCAACCAUCAUCUACCUUCUGGGUUUGAUUCUCCUUACGUUGUCCUGGUUCAUACCAGCCUUAAAGGCUUGCGAGACUGAUAUAUGCACCGAACCCAGGAAGGUCCACGAGGUGGUUUUUUUCCUUUCCAUUUACUUGAUCUCCAUAGGAACUGGAGGACAUAAACCCUCUUUGGAGAGCUUAGGAGCAGACCAGUUUGAUGAUGAUCAUGAUGAAGAAAGAAAGCAGAAGAUGACCUAUUUCAACUGGUGGAACUUUGCCCUUUGUGCUGGAGUUCUACUUGGUGUGACUGUGAUUGUCUAUGUGCAGGACCAUGUGAACUGGGGUGCUUCUUAUAUUAUUCUCACAGCAGUUAUGGCAGUUACACUUGCUAUCUUCACUAUAGGAAGACCAUAUUACCGUUACAGAGCAGCCACAGGUAGCCCCUUGACGCCAUUGUUUCAAGUUCUUGUCGCAGCCAUUCGCAAGAGAAAUCUUCCUUACCCUUCCAGUCCUGCUCAAUUGUACGAAAUUCCCAAGAUAGAGAAAACUCAAGGGAGGUUUCUGUGCCACACAAAGAAACUCAAAUUUCUUGACAAAGCAGCUGUUCUUGAAGACAAAGACAAUGCGGCCGAGAAGCAAAGCCCUUGGAGACUCGCAACUGUGACGAAGGUCGAGGAGUUGAAGCUUCUUCUGAACAUGAUCCCCAUAUGGCUUGCUACCAUGCCAUUUGGACUUUGUAUAGCACAAGGCGCCACAUUCUUCAUCAAACAAGGUGUUACUUUGGACCGAAAGAUUGCAAAUGGUUUUGAGACCCCGGCCUCCAUCUACGGUAUUGCUGCCAUAGGAAUGAUAAUCUCUGUGACCGUUUACGAGAAAAUCCUGGUUCCUUUACUAAGAAAGGCAACAGGAAAUGAACGAGGGAUCAGUAUCCUACAGAGGAUUGGUAUUGGAAUGCUAUUCUCAGCAGUUGUAAUGGUAAUUGCAGCCUUAGUUGAGGCGAAAAGAUUAGGUGUAGUGGAGAAUGAUCCCAAAAAGAGUUCACUUUCAAUGAGUGUUCUUUGGUUGGCUCCACAACUUUUAAUCCUUGGCGUUGGAGAUGGAUUCGCUCUGGUGGGAUUGCAGGAGUACUUUUAUGAACAGGUUCCAGAUUCUAUGAGAAGUUUAGGCAUUGCAUUUUACCUUAGUGUAAUAGGAGCUGCAAACUUCGUUAGCAGUUGGUUGAUGACAGUUGUUGGCCACAUAACCAGGAAGGGUGGGCCUGGCUGGUUUGGUAAAGAUUUGAACAGCAGCCGCCUGGACAAAUUCUAUUGGCUAUUGGCUGGCAUUUCUGCUGUGAACAUGUUGUUUUAUGUGUUCUUGGCUCGAACAUAUUCUUACAAAAAUGUGCAGAGGGUGGUUGUUGCAGACUGCAAUGAGGGUGACAAUGAUGGUAUGGUUUAGGCUUAAGGUUAUAAGUGAUGAUAAAUGCCAGAUGUUGUUCGUCGGUUUGUAUCUUUAAGGAUCAGUAGUAGUGUUGCUUUAGUAACAAGUGAAUCAUGAAAUGAUCAAACUAAGAAAUGAAAAUUCUGAUUGAAGUUUUAUCUAAGCACGUGUUAAAGUUCAUAUUUUGCUUUUGUAAAGUCAAAUUUCUGUUCACAUGCUAUAAAGAACCACUUCCAUAUCCCA